CUCUCCUCAGUUCGCUGCGCGCUGUCCUGUGCCUUUCCCCUUUCAUUCCCCGGCUCUCUCCAUUCCGGUGGAUUCAUGCUCAGCUCUCGCCCUCCUCGGUCGCCAUGCAGAACAACCACACCAAGGAGCAUCUCUAUAAGAUUCUCGUUAUAGGGGACCUCGGGGUCGGAAAGACCAGCAUCAUCAAGCGGUAUGUCCAUCAAAACUUCAGCCCCAACUACCGAGCCACCAUCGGGGUGGACUUCGCACUCAAAGUCCUCAACUGGGACCAGGAGACGGUGCGCCUGCAGCUGUGGGACAUUGCAGGUCAAGAGAGGUUCGGCAACAUGACCCGUGUGUACUAUCGCGAGGCCAUGGGCGCCUUUAUAGUGUUUGACGUCACAAGGCCUGCCUCCUUUGAGGCCAUCACCAAAUGGAAGGAGGACUUGGAUUCCAAACUGUCCCUAGCUAAUGGGAAACAUGUGGCCACUGUGCUAUUGGCUAACAAAUGUGACCAGGGUCGGGAUGUUCUGACCAAUAAUGGAAUAAAGAUGGAGCAGUUCUGCCAGGAGAACGGCUUUGUGGGAUGGUACGAGACGUCCGCUAAGGAAAACAUCAACAUCGAUGAAGCUGCUAACUGCCUGGUGAAACACAUCAUUGCCAGUGAGAAUGACAUGCUCCAAGCUGAAGUCCCCGACACCAUCACCCCGCAGCUGGAGAAUGACAAAGGCGGGACAUUCUCUUGCUUCAGAUCCCAGUGA